AUGCCUGGUCUUAUCUCCCACCCUCCCCCUCCCCACGUCGUCGGCCCUGCCACAAAGCGGGCUACCCGGCCAUCCAAGAAUCUUCCUCAGUCUCUGAUUGAUGGAGCAAAGCUCACCAAGAAAGAGGCAUGGGACGCCGAGAAGCAUCUGGCUUUCCAGCCUCCUUCCAAGAUUCUCAGCAUGAAGGAGAUUGGGCUUGAGGGCCAUGGUAUCUCUCCCAACGCUUGCUCUGAGCCUUUCCCUCUCUUCAGCGAGGAGGCUAUUAAGCAGAUGCGUGCCGAGAUUUUCAGUGAGACUGUUCUGGAAAAUUGCCAGUACGCUUCCACCUUCAACGCCAACAUGGUCCGAGGCAUGGGUCACGAGCUGGCCCCUUUCACCUACGACGCUUGGCACUCCCCCGAGACCCUUGCCAAGAUUUCUCAGGUCGCCGGUGUCGAGGUCGUCCCCGCCUUCGACUUUGACAUUGCCAACAUCAACAUCUCGGUCAGCGACGACAAGAAUGCCGAGAUCUCCAUUGGCGAGAACAAGCUCCGUGACGGUGCUGACAACGACAACCUGUCCUCUGUUGCUUGGCACUACGAUAGCUUCCCUUUUGUCUGUGUCGUCAUGAUGUCUGAUUGCACUGGCAUGGUUGGUGGCGAGACUGCUGUGCGCAAGCCCAACGGUGAAGUUAUCAAGGUUCGCGGACCCAGCACGGGUACUGCUGUUAUCCUCCAGGGCCGAUACAUCGAGCACCAGGCUCUCAAGGCCCUCGGCGGUCGUGAGCGUAUCACCAUGGUCACCUCCCUCCGACCCAAGUCCCCCUUCAUCCGCGAUGAGAGUGUCCUCACUGGCGUUCGCGGUAUCAGCAACCUCGACGAGCUCUACCACCAAUACACUGAAUACCGCCUUGAGAUCCUCGAGGAGCGACUCCGUGCCAAGUCCAAGGAAGAGCGCAAGCUGGCCCUGGCCAAGAAGAAGUACGACAUUCCUGCUAUGCGACACUUCUUGGAGGAGCAGCGUGCCUUUAUUGAUUCGAUGCUCACUGAGAUUGUUGAGGUUGAGGAUGAUUGA